AUGCGAACCUGGUCCUCUUCCCUCGCCCUCGGGUGCUUAAUAGCGCCAAUCCCGACUCUUGCCCGUACCAUUGGCGCAAGAAAAACAGAGUCUACCCUCUGCGCAACAGAUAGUCGGCAGUUGGUCAACAAUGGAAGUGACAUCUGGACUUACCAGACUUACAAGUCCUCCAACGUCACACCACCAUACCUGUCGAUCAACCGCACUGGUGAGGAUUUGGCAUCAGGUUUACUCUUCAUUGGUCAAGAGGAUUCUGAAGGGUCCGGCGUGGAAUCCGUGGCGCCUUUCAUCAUUUCCGAUGACAAUGAAUUGGUCUGGGGUGGCCCCACGGGUGAAUCUUCGAAUUUUCGCCAACAGUACUGGGGAAAGAAGUCUGUUAUCACUUUCUGGACGGGCACAGGCGAAGCUGCGUAUGGUGCCGAUGUCGGUCGUGGAUGGGGUGAAGUGCAGAUUUAUGAUGACAGCUACAAGCUGAUUAAAUCGGUGUGUUUGCAACUUAACUUGACCAUGCCGACUGGUACGACAACAACUUGCGACGCCGAUGUUCACGAGUCGACAAUUACUGAGGACAACACCAUGUUGGUGACUGCGUACAACACAUCUCAAGCGGAUUUGACAUCGCUGGGCGGGCCUAGUGAUGGAUGGGUUUACGAUUCUAUUGCUGUUGAGAUUGAUCUUCGCACGAUGGAGCCUGUGUUCAUCUGGAGCCCACUCGCUCAUGUCGACGUCAACUUGACUCACUACGCGUACACCGGAUCCAACCAGACCGACCCAUUCGACUGGUUCCACAUGAACUCCAUUCAGAAGUGGGGAGAUUACUACCUGAUCAACUCGCGGCACCUGUGGCGUACAUUCUUGGUGAACCGCCAGGGAGAAAUUGUCUGGUAUAUUGAUGGUCAAGAUGGAGGAGACUUCGGCAGUAUCCCUACCAAUGGAAACUUCUCCUGGCAACAUAUGGCACGCAUCCGCAACACCUCUACUUCCAAUGAGGUCUUGCUCAGCUGGUUCGCCAACGACCUUGACACAACGACCGCUACCAACCCUUCAAAGGGUACCACCCUCCGCCUGACCCUCCCUCCCAACGCAAAGAAUCCUCCCAUCCUCGAGACCGACUUUUACGACCAUGAAUACCCCGUUUCCUCCGCCGCCGAGGGCUCCUUCACACCACUUGACAACGGAAACACCCUGAUGGGAUACGGUGACGAGCCAUUCAUUAAGGAAUACGGUCCAUCCGGCGAUGUCCGCUGGUCCGCACAAUACGCAGACAAAAACCUAGGCCAGAGCUACCGUGUCUACAAACAAGAAUGGUCCGCGACUCCAUACUACCGGCCCAGUCUCGUAGUGGCCACCGCCUCCGCGGAAGCGGAUACUCUGAGCCAGUGCGCCGGAACUUCAUCAACCCUCAGAGGCUAUGUCAGCUGGAAUGGAGCUACUGAUAUUGAGAAGUAUGAGGUCUACGUUGGCGAGAGCGCCAGCAGUCUCAAAUCGCUAGGCGAGAUUGAGAAAAAGGGGUUCGAGACAGAGUUCUCGCUGCCGGCUGGCACUAAGGUUGUGCAGGUUGGUGCUGUGCAGUCCGGCCGUGUUGUACGGAAGUCUGACGUUGUGCGUGUUUGA